AUGUAUCGCUAUCGUAUGCAAGUCCGCAUGAAAUGCAAGUACUCGUUCGAGGCAGCGGAAACCAUGAAGAAGAUGCAGAUGCAGCAGGUGCAGGCCAUUCAAGCAAAAGAUGCACUUGAGGGUGGUGACGCGACAUAUGGACUGGAAGUGUCCUACGUCUUACUAGCACACAAGAUACAUCAACCUUGGAAUGAGGCACCUAAGCACAAGGGAGGAGAAAUUUGUACUGCGACAGCAUCGGGGAACUAG